CAAAUUCCUCUGAUUCUGUCUUUCUCCUCAUCUUACCCAUCAUUUCAAUCAUUCUUCAUUUGAACCACACGUGGCGACAUCCUCACUUCCAAAUCUCGGUCCCAUGAAUAUGACUUCUUGAUGUGCGGUCGAGAUCGGUUCGAGUCUGUGAUGUUAUUACAGGUUGAGAAGUAUAGUUAUCCAGAUAGGAGGGGGUAUUAUAGUAAAUUUAUAGAGAGGACAAAUAUUAUAUAGUAAGAGGAUUGAAAACUUAUGAUGCUGGUUAUUUGUUGAGUGGAAAAGGACUCUAUACGGUAUACCUACAAUUAAACUCGAGCAAUAAUCUUCAAAAUUCUUCAGAAGAGAAAAAAAAAAAAACACCCAUUUGAGUUAUUGAAGAGACAAAGAGAUAGAGAAAGUGGGGGGAGAUGGGGAGAGCAUUUGUGUAUGUGAUUUUAGGAGGAGGAGUGGCAGCUGGGUAUGCAGCUCUUGAAUUCACAAGAAAAGGGGUCUCUCCUGGUGAACUCUGCAUCAUUUCUGAAGAACCUGUUCCACCUUAUGAGAGACCUGCAUUGAGUAAAGGGUACUUACUUCCAGAAGCUCCAGCACGCCUUCCAUCAUUUCACACUUGUGUUGGAGCUAAUGAGGAGAGGUUGACUCCAAAAUGGUACAAAGAGCAUGGCAUUGAAUUAGUCCUUGGAACUCGAGUUAAGUCUGCUGAUGUGAGACGGAAGACACUACUAACUGCAGCUGGGGAGACUAUAAGCUACAAAAUUCUCAUCAUUGCAACAGGUGCUCGGGCCUUAAAGCUCGAAGAAUUUGGAGUGAAUGGAUCAAAUGCUGAAAAUGUUUGUUAUCUACGGGAUGUAGCUGAUGCCGACAGACUUGUUAAUGUGAUGCAAUCUUGCACUGGUGGGAAUGCUGUUAUCAUUGGUGGUGGCUAUAUAGGAAUGGAGUGUGCUGCAUCUUUGGCAAUCAAUAAAAUGAAUGUGACCAUGGUUUUCCCUGAAGCACAUUGCAUGGCCCGUUUGUUUACCCCCAAGAUUGCAAGUUAUUAUGAAGAUUACUACAAAUGUAAAGGAGUACAGUUCAUCAAGGGAACUGUCUUGUCAUCUUUGGAUAUGGAUUCCAAUGGAAAGGUUACAGCUGUUAAUCUUAGAGAUGGGAAUCGGCUGCCUGCAGAUAUAGUUGUAGUAGGAAUUGGGAUACGUCCGAACACAAGUCUCUUUGAAGGCCAGCUAACUCUGGAGAAGGGUGGGAUCAAAGUGAAUGGUCGAAUGCAGACAAGCAUCACGUCGGUCUAUGCAGUUGGAGAUGUUGCAUCAUUUCCGGUCAAAUUAUUUGGCGAAACUCGUAGGCUGGAGCAUGUUGAUUCAGCUCGAAAAUCAGCAAGAUAUGCUGUUGCUGCAAUAAUGGAGCCAAAUAAAACAGUUGAUUUCGACUACCUGCCAUUUUUCUACUCCAGAGUCUUUGCAUUAUCUUGGCAGUUUUAUGGGGACAAUGCAGGGGAAGUAGUGCACUUUGGGGAUUACUCAGGGAGUACGAUUGGGGCAUACUGGGUAAGCAAAGGUCAUCUGGUUGGUUCGUUCCUUGAAGGAGGAACCAAAGAAGAAUAUGAAGCUAUAGCCAAGGCCACGAGACUCAAGCCAGCAAUUGAGGACACGAGUGAUCUGGAAAGGCAGGGUUUGGGCUUUGCGUUGGCAGUCAGUGAGAAUCCAGUAACAUCCCCACCUGGCGAUGUUGGUGGCUCUAGCCUCAUUCUGGAGAGACCACUGUAUGCUUGGCACGCAACGGCCGGUGUUGUUCUGGCAGCAUCAGUAGCUGCGUUCGGGUAUUGGUACGGGAGGAGGCGCAGAAGGUGGUGAAGAAAGAUAAUCGUGCUUUAGUUGCAUUCUGCAAUAUCAUGUUGUAGCAUUGAUAGGCAUAGUUGGUUUGGGAUACUUGAUCCUAUAUACUUGUCUCCAUUCAAACAGUUACUCCAAUAUGUUACUCACUACAAAAGUAAAUAUCUUCAUUACCUUGUUGAAUAUA